UAGCUAACGUAAAAAUGGAGUAGUAGCUUCAUUUACUCUUAAUGAAAACAGUUAUGACGUCACAUUUCCGACGGGAAUUCGAUUGUAAAACGCCUCUGUUAACACAGAGCGUGAUAUCUCGCUGGCAUCUUGUGUAGCGAAGUCGCGACGCAUAUAUAAAUUGGAUCGUGAUGUUGCAUACUCAUUUUGCUGUGAGGAGGUUUUAUGAAUGAACGCGCUGGAGUGCUGUGUUGUUAAUUAUCGUUGUACAAUUUACACGUGAAUCUCUGUUAUGGGAAAUCAAGGAAGCAAAAAAUUAGGUAAAUCAUGCGGAAAAUUCGAAAUGGAGAACGACGAAGUAGAUAUUCUACAAAGAUUACGAGACGCUGAUGACAAAGAGAUUGAUUCCUAUGACAAGUUGAUGGCGUGGCUUUUUGAAAUGGCUGCAAAUGAAGAAAAUUGUGAUACCGAUAAAUCAACGCAAAUUGAUGAAAUUAAGAAAGCAUGUGAACAUGCGAGAGAGAGGAGGGCGGCGUGGAGACAGCAUUCGGCGUCAUGCGAUUCUCACAAUAGUGCAGAAACUUCUCAGAUGAGUCGUUCGGGAAAAUCGGAAGACUUUGUUGACAUCAAAUCACGACUAAGCGUUCCAAUUUGUAGCCGACAGACAACCUUUAGUGACGAAGACGAUGCAGCAUCAAGUGAUGGAAAAUACAGAUUGACAGUCCCAGUGUUGAGCAGGCAGACGACAUCAAGCGACGAAGAAGAGGGUGCUCCUUAUGAAAGAAAACGACGGCUUUUCUUCCCUUUAUCAAGUCGACAAACUACUUUCAGUGACGAUGACCAAACAGAUGGAAACGAAUUGAACCCAGAUAACAUUUCAGAACACACAAUUUUAGUGCCAUCAAGAGAAAACACAAAAUCCUUAGAACCAAGGGAGGCACUAAGGCGACGGCGAAAAAACUUCCGCAUGUCAGGAAAGCAUCCCAUUUUCAGUGCAAGUGUAGGCCAGCUUCAAGACAACAGCGUACGACAGCUUCACGACAACAACGUCCCUCUAAAUCCCAGCCUCUCUCGAAAAUCUGCAAGUAUUGCUGUUAUGAGGCAUCCGACCUUCGACAGAGAACAAAACAUAGAAUCGCAGGUAUCUGAAGAUUACGAAAAAGUGCUAGACGACAAACUGCUUGAUCGAAAUAUAAAAGAUAUUCUACUAUCCGUCGAGGUCUUGUUUAACGACAAAUGAUUGGAAACCAGUCCGAUCAGGCGACGAGGUUUUAUUUAACGACAAAUGAUUGGAAACCGUUCCGAUCAGGCGACGAGGUUUUAUUUAACGACAAAUGAUUGGAAACCGGUCCGAUCCUACAACCCUCCGUGGAGAUGCAUGGCAUACAUGUGUACUUUGUUUUUCCGUCGAUAAAAUAGGAAAAAGUGGUAUACGCCUUGUUGCUUCUGACACGAAGCAAGGGUUUUCUGGCGUUCGAGAAUGAUAUUGCCAGAGCGAAUAUUUGUCAUUUAUGUUGGAGAAUGACUCUGUUGUAAUCGUUUGAUGUGUUGGUUUUUUUUAACGAUGAUUACGUAAAGAGAGCAAGCAUCAUAUCCAAUGGGACCCAAUCAACUGCAACAACAUUCCUCAAGUGUCACAUGCAGAACUUUACAUUUUUUGUGAUUAACCGAUCACGUGCAUCAGUUUACAUCACAGGAAUUGAUUGUUCACGUGUAUAUUUACAUCACAGGAAUUGAUUGUUCACGUGUAUAUUUACAUCACAGGAAUUGAUUGUUCACGUGUAUAUUUACAUCAUUGGGAAUGACCGAUCGAGAGAUAUUGAUCGAUCAAUUUUAUAACUUUUCAUCACUAGGAUCAACCGAUCACGUGUAUAACCGGGAUUGACCGAUCACGUGCAUCAGUUUACAUCACUGAUUGACCGAUCACGUGUAAAAUUAACAUCAAUAAAAUUGAUUGAUCAUGUGUAUGGAUCACGUGUAUGGCUUUACAUUUCUGGGAUCGACCAAUCACGUGAAUGACUGUGCAUCAAUUGGAUUGACUGAUUACGUUUAUAUAUUUACAUCAAUGAUUGACCGAUAAGAUGUAAAGUUAAAAUUCAUGGGAUCGAUCAAUCACGUGUAAAAUGAACAUCAAUGAAAUGGAUCGAUCACGUGUGUGGAAUCAUUGGGAUUGUCCGAUUGUACCUGUAUAAUUUUACAUCACUGAAUGACUGAUAAGGUGUAAAAUUAACAUUCUUGAGAUUGACCGAUCACGUGUGUAACUUUACGUCACUUGGAUUGACCGAUUACGUGUAAAAUUUAUAUCCAUGGGAUUGACCGAUCAUGUGUAUGACUAAAAUCCUUGGGAUUGACCGAUGCUUCUGGAAUUUUAAAGUAUUGUGGAAUAUCAUUAGUUCGUGUAAGGCUAAUUAUGAAGUUAUUAAAGAAAGCUCUUAAAUCAU